AUGAGCAAGAUUCCACUCAACCCUGUGCUCGACUUUGGCCCCUCGGUCUGGCCGCUUGUCAACGGACUGGUGGCGGCGACGCCCGGGACGCUCAACCUCGGGCAGGGCUCACCUGACACUGCGCCCGAUUUUGUCGAGGCAGCAGCUGCCGAGGCUGUUCUUGGUGGACUCAAUCAGUACACCGCCUCGCAAGGCCAUCCUCGGCUUGUUGAGGCCAUUGCAGCUGACUACGCGAGCUCGAUGGGCCAGCCUGAUCUGGGCGGAGCCAACGUGGCUGUGGCUGUGGGCGGGUGCGAGGCUCUCUGCGCCUCGUUCUUCGCCCUCAUCACCCCGGGCGCUGGUGACGAGAUCAUCAUCAUGGAGCCUGCCUUUGACUGCUACGACAAGCAGGUGAAGCUUGCUGGCGGACGUCCGGUCUUUGUCCCGCUGGUCCCAGGAUCCGGCGACGCCAACUCUUGGCAGCUCGACAUGGCUGCCGUCGAGGCGGUCACCUCGGACGCCACCCGCGCCAUCGUGGUCACCAACCCGCACAAUCCGCUGGGCAAGGUCUGGUCUCGCACCGAGCUGGAAGCCAUUGCGGCGUAUGCGCAAGCCCACAACGUUGUCGUCAUCUCGGACGAGGUCUACGAUCGCCUUGCUUACGACGCUGAUGCCCCCCACAUCCGCAUGGCCUCUCUCCCGGGCAUGUUCGAGAGAACCCUCACCAUCGGCUCGGCCGGCAAGACCUUUUCGGUCACCGGGUGGAAGAUUGGAUGGGCCGUCGGCCCGGCGCCGCUUGUCAAGCACGUCUGGCUCGCCCGCCAGUGGAUGUCGUUCACCCUCGCCACGCCACUGCAGGAGGCCACCGCCGUCGCCUUUGAGCUCGCCGGUCCGGACGGCAAGCACGCUUCGUACUUUGCCGACUAUGCCGCAGACAUGGACGCCAAGCGCAAGGUUCUCUACGACGGCCUUCUCGCUGCCGGCCUCAACCCGAUCUACCCACGCGGCUCGUACUUUGUCAUGGCCAACAUUGCCCAUCUUGAGCCGUUCCUCCCGCCGCCGCCGGCCGACAGCCCGCCGGCCUCGCUCGACAUGCGCUUCACCGAGUGGCUCAUCGCCGAGCACGGUGUUGCCUGCAUUCCCUGCGGCUGGGCCUUUUACUCAGCCGACCACGCCAAGCUCGGCGCCUCCUACGUCCGCUUCUCCUUUUCGCGCUCGAUGGAUCUUGUCGAGGCCGCCGUUGCCAAGCUGGCACCGCUGGCCGAGCUCGCCGCAACAACUUCGUCGUAG